UCACACGCUAGCCUCAGUUGCUCAAUUUCUAGCUAGUGGCGAAGCGUCGUUGAUCCGUCGUCACAUUUUAAAGUAGAUUUAAAGUAGAUUUUUGUCUUCUACGGUUUCUAUUUGGAUUAAAACUACCAAGUUUUCAAGAUGGGGGGCGGUGAUCUGAACCUGAAAAAGAGCUGGCAUCCCCAGACUAUGAAAAAUAUUGAGCGGGUUUGGAAAGCCGAGCAGAAACAUGAGGCCGAACGCAAGAAGAUUGAGGAGCUGCAGAAACAGCUGAAAGAUGAACGAGCCAGAGAAGAAAUUACAAGAUAUGCAGAGGACUCUGGAGCCAUCAAAAAAAAGGAUGAUCGUCUGGACUGGAUGUACCAGGGCCCUGUUAGUAGUGUGUCCAGGGACGAGUAUCUGCUUGGACGUUCCAUUGACAAGCAGAUCACUGACCAAUAUGAGGAGCCAGAGAGCGGUCCAUCAGCUGAGACCGGUCUCCUACCCGGUUCCAUCUUCAACCCAUCAACCCCGGCCUCCAAUCUGGACCUGGCUGCCAAGAUCAGGGAAGACCCGCUCUUUGAAAUCAGGAAACGUGAAGAAGAAAAGAAGAGGGAAGUCUUGAGUAACCCUGUGAAGAUGAAGAAGAUCAAGGAAAUGCUGCGGCAGAAUCUUGACAAGAAAGAAAAGAAAAAGAAGAGGAAGAAGGACAAAAAGGAGAAGAAAGACAAAGAGAGGAGAAAGGAGAAGAAACACAAGAGACGGAGUUCAAGCUCAAGCUCUAAUGAGGAAGAUGAGAAAAAACACAGGUCACAUUCACGAGAUGACUUUUCAGCAGACAUCAAGUCUCGUCCCCAUCAUCUUCUCGGCUACGGCCUACAGCUCCCCACUGGUCGACAUCACCAGUUGUCGGCUGCCCCCAGUCACUCACUGCGCCGUGAAAGGAGCCGUUCUCGAUCACCUCACAAGAACCACAGGGACAAUCAUCAUCAUUCCUCCUCUUCCAGGCACAAGAGCGACAGGAAGGCUGAGCCCAGAGACUCCAGCCCACAGACGAAGCGUUACCAGAGACAGACGAACCACGUGUCUAAGAAGCUUUCAGCAGAAGAACUGGAGCGAAAGAGACGGGAGAUGAUGGACGAGGCCAAGCAGAGGGACGAGGACCGAGAGAACAAUGUGAGGAGAUAUAAGAGGCAAGAGGAGCAGGAAAGGCAGCGGGACCAAAGUGCUAAACACGAGCCUCACGCUGGCUUCAUACAUAACAUGAAGUUGGAGAGUGCUGCCAGCUCUUCUUUGGAGGACAGAGUGAAGAGGAAAAUCCACUCCAUUCAGAGAACACCGGCCGCCUUGGACAACUUCAUGAAGAGAUGACAACACAUUUACCAUACUAAGCAUGAACUAAAUUAAAAUUACAUCCACUCCUUUAACACUUUCUCACUCACUCACUCAUUUUCUACCGCUUCAUUCUCAACAUGAGGGUCACGGUGCGGGAGUUGGAGCCAAUCCCAGCUGACAAGGCAGGGUCACACCCUGGAAAGGUCGCCAGUCCGUCGCAGGGCACACAUACGGAGACAACCACAGCUGUGGUCAAUUUAGAGUGUUCAAUGAAGCUCUGCACGUGGGAGUACCCAGACAUAUUCCACAUGCACACAGGGAGAACAUGAAAACUCCACACACAAACAGCCUUGGUAAAACCAGGCACCUUCUUGCUGUGAGACAACAGUGCUGACCACUACUCCACAGUGAUGGAUGGAGUGGUGAGACGCUGUCUCGGUUCAGAGAAUUUGUUUAAUUACCUCCACCAAGGAGGUUAGGAGCAUUUGUCUGUGAGCAGCAUAAUUAAAUAAAAUAAAGGACAGAUUUUGAUGUAAAUUCCUUGCAAUGCAGUUUAUGGCCCAGGAAUGAUUUAUUACAUUUUGGUGGUGAUCCAGAUAUAGAUCUGUUUUUUAGGAUUUUCUUUUAAUUAGGAGUUGUAAACCUUGCAGGAUUUGGGAGUGUUUUGAGACUCUGGGAAACGGAGUGGCCUCUGUGAAAGUUUGAAAAGCAGAUUACACAAGGAUUAUGGUAAAACACGUGUGUCGUGUCUGUUUGGCUGAUCAAGUCUGGCUGCACCUGAGCAGCACAGGAACUCUGGGUGAUAAAAGAAAUCUGUACAGAAAACUGUUUUUUUUGUUUCUUUUUUUAUCUUUUACAGUAAAAUAGCACCUGAUUUCAUUUCAAAGUUUUUUGUAAUAUAUGUUUGAUACUUGGUGUAUUUCUGUGAGAAUCAACUGGAUUAAAAAUUGCAGUCCA